AAAAAUAUGCCGCCGUGGCAGUUUCAGUCCUUCCACGAAACCGACAUUUCUCAGAUCUUUAAUUUUAAAUCUUUUUAUCCGUUGAAAUACUCUUCAGUGAAAGCGGUGUUUGUUCGAUUAGGUCAUCUUAACUGGUGGUCAAAGGAAUGCGACUGCCAGAAGCUGUGGCCGCUGUCCACGUCGGGCGAUGGAAACUGUUUACUGCACGCCGCGUCGCUUGGAAUGUGGGGUUUUCACGACCGACUGCUGAUUUUGCGGAAAGCCGUGCAUCUGAUGCUAACCAAAGGGGUGCGUCGCCACGCACUGUGGCGCCGUUGGCGAUGGCAGCAGUCACGCGAAAACAAAGAGGUAUGUAAUGGAGGAGGAUCCAUACUCUGUUUUGAGAUGGUUUAUUCGUCUAAAGACGCUGUUGCCUCCGAAGGCACGGAGGUGAUUUAUGAAAGUCUAGAGGGGUUGCACGUAUUUGCGUUGGCGCACGUCCUCCGACGACCGAUUGUUAUUGCAUCCGACACGGUACUUAAAAAUUCCGGCGGCGAGGCACUGUCACCGAUACAUUUUGGAGGUAUCUAUCUGCCGUUGGAGUGUUCUUCAGCGGAGUGUCACAGGUACAUUUGUGAUUGUUUGCCUAUAGUUUUACAUACUAUCAUUCCCAUAACAACCAGAGACAGAGAACUAUUGCCUUUGCACUUUGCCGCUGACCCAGGUCCCGACUUCACUUGGUGGGAGGACGAAGAGGAUGCGAAAAUUGCCAUGUUUACAGAUCUUGGUGACGUAAAGAAACUUGAACUUAUUUCUCAAUACAUGGACCUUGUGAAAAUUCCUGUGAUAAAGGGCGAACGGUUUACUAACGUUAAUAGUGGUGGUAACGAAGCGGCCAAGUUGCUCCAAGACGAUGCUCAGCGUCGAUGGAACACUAUACCAUUGGUGAAGUCUGUCGGCAACCUGUAUUCAGGGGGCUCCCAGACGUUUUCCAGAAUCACGAAGUCGGUGAAGCAGAAGUUUAUGUCCGGGUAUAGAUCGAAGAAGGCCGACACUGAUCUACCAAAAUUUCAGCGUGUGGAUUCCACAAUGUUGUCGCAGUUCAUGGAGGAGAUGAUCGACAAUUAUCUUAAGGCAGCUCGCACGCGUUUCGAGGGAAGGAAGGAGGGCGGUAUGGAAACUACGAAGCGCGAGCGCCUCAGUCGAGGCUUCAACAGUGGCGUUUCUGCGGAGGUGCUGUUGCUUAAGUCGCCGGACAACGGCAACUCUGUCCCCCUUUACGAACGGCCGUCCAGUCCUUUACAAACUAACACCAUGAUUUGUUUUCCUCCAUUUUUAAUAAAACAUCUUUUUGACACGUUGUUUCAGCGCCUAAAAUUAUGUAAUCUCGUGUCUUUAUCUUCCGUCACCUAUAAGGGAAGAUCGACUUCAGGACUCAUGUCAGAAGUGUAUGAGUGA